AUGGGUCGUUCUCUUUUUAAAAAGCUGCUUUUUGACGACUCAGACGAGGAUGAGAUAAUGAGGCGAAUUCUUAAAGGUUCAACAGUACAACGUAAACGUCGUCAGUAUAUCGAACGUGAUCGUUUGGCAGGCCAUAAAAGACUUUAUCUCGACUACUUUGCCGACACACCAGUAUAUCCUCCUAAUUUAUUUAGGAGGAGAUUUCGGAUGAGUCGAUCCCUUUUUCUCCGUAUUCAAUCUAGGGUAGAAACUUAUGAAUCAUAUUUUAUCCAAAAAAGAGAUGGUGCCCAAAAAUGGGGUUUAUCUUCUCUUCAAAAGAUAACAGCUGCACUUAGGAUGCUUGCGUAUGGAGUUACAGCUAAUUUUAUGGAUGAGUAUGUGCGGAUUGGAGAAUCCACUGCAAUGAAAAGUCUGAAAAAAUUUGUUAAAGCGAAAUGGAAAAAUUGUCCGGUUGCAUGGAAAGGUCAGUACUCUGGUCACAUUCAUGAGCCAACCAUUAUUUUGGAAGCAGUGGCAUCUUAUGAUCUUUGGAUAUGGCAUGCGUUUUUUGGGUUACCUGGGUCAAAUAAUGACAUUAAUGUAUUAGAACGGUCUCCUAUAUUUUCUGAACUCGAACAAGGACGUGCUCCUGCAGUUAAUUACUCAAUCAAUGGUCAUGAGUAUAAAAUGGGAUACUAUCUUGCCGAUGGCAUAUAUCCGAAGUGGUCAACAUUUGUUAAAACAAUUCCAUCUCCACGAGAACAAAAAAAAAAAUUAUUUGCACAAGCCCAAGAGGCGAAUAGGAAGGAUGUAGAGCGUGCAUUUGGAGUUCUUCAAGCGAGAUUCGCAAUUGUGCGUGGACCUGCAAGAUUUUUCCAUGCUGAAACGCUCCAAGACAUCAUGAAAGCUUGUGUAAUUCUUCAUAACAUGAUCGUUGAGGAUGAGCGAGAUGUAAACGAAGCGGUGGAAUUAGAUUAUGAGCAAAUUGAUGACAAUCCUACCAUACAACUGUCACGGGAGAACACAAAUACAUUUACGGAGUUCAUUGAAACCCAUCAAUGUAUUCGAGACCAUAAAAUUCAUUCUCAACUUCAAACAGACCUCGUUGAGCAUUUAUGGCAAUUACAAGGGGAGUUGUAG